AUGUCAAUGUCCCUCCAAAACAUCUGGCAUCUGCGCCGAGUAGCAGAUACAGCCGCCAAAGCAUGUUACAUUUGCUACAAGCCAUCGAGUAGUGUAUUAAUCACGCCUGAUAAUCGGGACUUCUUCUACGUCUGCCCCUCUCACCUCCAAGACCGUCACUUCUGUUCUCCUAUUGUCGAUACAGAAGCGGCGGCCGCCAAGGCGAAAGAGGAGGCUAUGGCGAGGGAAAUUGAGAGGGUGAAGAAGGAGUAUGAAGAGAAGCAGCAGCGGAAGAAGAAUAAGGAUGCUGAGAAGGAGAAGGAUAAGAAGGAAGAUGAUAAAGACAAGGAAAAGGAUGAUAAGUCUGCUACGAAGAAGGGGGAUGAGGAGGAUAAGAAAAUGCAAAAGGAACGGGAUGAUAAGAUCGAGAGUAUCAAGAAAUCGACCACCUCGGCGGAUGACUCGCCGAGGGUAUUUGCGUUGCAUAAGAACUUCUAUCAGAUGCGUAUCGACAGGAUGCGCAAUGCUGAGAUGGCUAGAAGGAAUCGUCAGCGUUUGCAGGAUCCUUCUCUGUUCCCGUCUGUUCCGACUGGGGGGCUGUGA